AUGGGCGCACACUCAGCUAUCUGGCAAGGCUACGUCGACUCCAGCCUGAUGGGCUCGGGUCAAUUCGACAAGGCCGGUAUCCUCGCCGCCGACUUCUCCGGACUGGAGGCUCAGUCCCCGGGCUUCGAGCUCUCCCAAGAGGACAUCAACUCCCUGGCCUCGGCCUUUACCUCGCCCGACAAUGCCUUCGCCAACGGCUUCUCCAUCGGCGGCGAGAAAUUCGUCACCAUCAAGGCUGACCCCCGCAGCCUGUACGGCAAGAAGGGCAAGACCGGCGCCAUUGUCGUCCGCGCCACCGCCUGCACAAUGAUCGCUCACCACGGUGAGGGCGCCCAAACUACCAACGCCGCGACCGUCGUUGAGAACCUGGUCGACUACAUCAACAACCCGAAAUAA